AUGUCAAAUCUUAGACUCUAUAGAGAAUAUGCCAGUAAAAAAAGUGGAAGGUCAGGAUGGGAAACAGUGUGUGUAAACCUCUCCGAUUGGUACAAAUUUAUCAAACAGUUCCGCAAAACAAACAAUUUUCAAGAAAGACAACUCUUCUCCUAUCUUACAGAUGAACUGUUUCCAUUGGUGGAAGUUCAGUUGAAGGAGAAAGAGAAUAGCUGUAUAGAUAAAGAAACACUCUCUCAAGAGGUGUUGACUAAAGAAACAGCAGAGUUGGCAGAAAUGUUAAAAGAUUCCUCAGAUACAAUGAACAAUCACGAGAUUAUUAGUCCAAAUAUUUCACCCGAGGCCAACCCUGAGCUGAAGGAAAUUUUAAAAGAUGAUUCCACCCCGCCCAAUAGCGAGAGAAAUAAAAAUAAAACUCCAGUUCCUUCAGCCAAAAUAAAUGGAGAAACAGAUGUAAAUAUAAAAACGGAAGAUAAUAAAAAUAAUAUCAAACCUAUAGUUGAUAACAAACAAGUAAAAGAUGAACCUGGUGUUGCUGUUACUAGUGCUGAGUACCCCCGAAAAAUGACCCCAGGGGCUCAGAGUGGACCAUUAAAUGCUUUACAACAUAUGACCAAUGAUCCACCUUUCAUGCAGCAGCACAGUCAGAUAUUUGUGUUCCCCACGGAAUUUGCUAAUCUAGCUGCUGAUAUGGUGCUUCAAGGACAGUGUGAAUCUAUCAUUGACUUUCAUUUGAGCAAUCCCAAAACUAAGGAAUUUCUUCAGCGUAAUCCAAUGAAGGGAAAUCCAAACCGUCCAAUGGCACCAGGAGGUGGAAUGCAGCAACAGUUUGGUCCUGGUAUGGGAAAUAAUAUAAGGAAUGCCAAUCCAAAUGCAAUGAAAAAUGCAGGAAUGUCUCCAGGUCCGGGUGGAAUGAUGCCUGGGAAUAAUAGUGUGGCUCAGUGGGUACAGCAACAAAACGCUCAUCUUGAGGAGCAGGGAAUCAUGAACAAUAUUCCUCCAAACGGUGGACAAUUUCAAAAUAAUCCACGAAUGAUGAACUGGAAUCAGCAAAUGAAUCAACAAGGCAAUAUGAACCCACAAAUGAACCCUCUUGGAAACUUAGACUUCGAUGACUUUCAGUUAGGUGCAUUGAAUCCUAAUAAUAUGAACUUGUUACAAAGUAAAGUGCCGAAUGAAAACUUAACUCCUGAACAAUUACAGAGGAGAGGUGCAUCGUUAGCAAAGUUACGGAAAUUUCAGGAAAUGUUAUUCCCCGAACAGCGUGAGGAUGUGUUCAUGGAUGGCCCUGGCGGUCCUGUAGGUCCAGGUGGUCCACCGGGACAAUGUCCCCCUGGUGGUCCAGGUCCUGGCCCUGGUCCAAAUCAAGGAAUGAUGCCUGAUGGAAUGAAUCCAAUGUUUCAACAGAACAUGAUGUCACAACAGCAUGGCAUGAUGGGACAGAAUAUGAUGCCACAACAAGGAAUGAUGGGUAAUCAGCAUGGUAUGAUGUCAUCGCAACAGCAACAGCAACAGUUCAUGAUAUCUCAACAGCAGAACAUGUCUCAAUUCGGACCUCAACCACCUCAGAACAUGCCGAACUUGUCUCCAUCUCAGCGUGAAUGGCAGCGAUUGCAGCAGGAAUACUAUAACAACAAAUUUAAACAUCAGCGAAUGGGAAUGGAUCCUGGUGGUGGAAAUGGUCCUCCUCCUCCACCAUAUUAUAGUUCAAUGGGACCGAAAGGAAUGUGUGGACCUACCUCACCUAACAUGAACGGACCUCAUAUGCCAGGUGGACCUGGUAUGGAAGGUGACAUGGGCUUUCCUCCUGGACCUAUGAGGAGACCCAUGGAUCCAAUGCACGGUGCUAUGAGUCCUAAUUUUAAUGGUCCAAUGCCACCUCAUGGACCGGGUUUUGAUCAACAAAUGAUGCCGAAUAUGCCAGGCCGAAAUAUGGCCACAAUGUUACCACCUACUCGUGGCAGAAAGAACUCAAAUGUUAGUUUAUUUCGUGCUGGAAAUCCAGAACAAUUUUGCCCCGAUCCUCCUCCGCGGAACGGAUUAGGAAGUAAACCACCACCUACUUACGCACAGGCCCAAAAACGAAAACGAGACGACAUGGAAGACAUUUAUAAAAAUUUACAACCCACUCCCUCACCCCAGCAACUGAACUAUCUGAAUCAGUUUGAAGGGCAGGAGUUAACGAUCACCAAACAACCUAACACAGCAUAUCAUGAAAGUGGGGCAGGCCACCCAGGUGAACCUCAUCCUGGAUUUUUACAAAAUCAAGUGAACUCUCCGAUGCAUCCUGGUGCAGGAAUGAACAAUAAAGGACCUUUGUCUAAUUCGAGUCAAAACUCAAGUGCUGGACCUUUAGGUAGUCCUGGACCUCUACCAGGAGGUAAUCAAAUGAUGGGAGGUGGUGCUAGUAUGAGAUUAUCCCAUUUUGAUCCUCCGAAUAAUAAUAUCACCAGUGCUCCAACCACCCCCACAGCCAAAGCCUCCAUGUCACAUAUUACCUCAUCAAGUUUAGCAAACCUUGCAAAAGGCGUCGAACAUUUGUCUAACCAAAUGCAACAAAAUAUGAUGCAAGGUGGUCCGUUCCACAGUAUUCAAGUUCAGGGACAAAGUGCAUCGAACGCAAACAAUAAUAAUAAUAGUGUGCAAAGUGGUAAUAACAAUAAUAAUAAUGGUUCUAACAAUGGUACUAAUCCAAGUGGUAAUAAUAAUAAUAGUAACAAUGGUACACCAGGGUCACAGGUUUCGCUUCCAACAACCACAGUGUCCAAUGUUUCGAGUGUUCCACAAUCUCAAGGAACUCCGAGUGUGAACAAUACGUAUGUGAACGCUACAAUGUCUAUUCAGCAGUUAAAUAUUCAAAGCGUGAAUGCUCCAAGUGGCCCUGGUUCAGGGUAUAACCCAACGAUGCAAGUCCAACAAAUGAACAAUGGAAUGUCACAAACUAGCAGUGCGCCUAAUGGUCCACAUAGUGGUCCCCCAUCCGUGCCUUCCUCACAUACCAAUCAUGUUUCAAUGUCCCAAGCUUCAACUAUGUUAUCAAAUAUGGGCUCAUUACCUCACGAUAUGCCCCCGUCAGGCCAUCCAGGGAUGCCAGGCCACAUGCAAGGUCCCAAUGGUCCUAUACCACAUGGUGCAAUGAUGCCCGGCGGACCCAGUCCAAUGUCCAAUCCCAUGUCUCAUCCAGGAAACUCAGGACAUUUCUCAAAUUCAGAGCCACCAUUACCUGGACCUGCCAUGACAAUUGCAGCAUCAAUGUCCCAGUCUCAAUCGAUCAUGGUCAACAAUGGAAUGGGACCCGGUUCCAGGCCUAUGGGAAAAUCACCAGGAUUCUCAAGUCCGCCACACCCUGGUAUGGGAUCAGCGGGAGGCCCGAACAAUAAUCCAAUGAUGGGAAACAGAAUGAGUUCGCCAAAUUAUCCACCAAAUUCUGUCGGGAAUGCCAAUGUCCAGAUUCAAGCCAAAACACCUAACACCAUCCAGUAUCUACCGGCUCAUCCUCCAAAUAACCAACCCAAUGGCAAUGGUCCUCAGAAACGACCGGAAUUAGACUUCAUGCAGCAAUUUAUAGAUGGGAAAGGUCCUUCAUCAACACUAAACUAUUUCCCUCCCAAUCAAAAUCAACCUGGUAGACCGCCUGGAGUAGGAUCACCUUUUUCAAGUCAACAACAAAUGGCUAUGCAGCAAUCCAUGAUGAUGCGAUCAAGUGGUACCCCAGAAUUUCCAAUGGGUGGUCCUGGUGGUAUGGGAGGACCCGGAGGAAUGCCAGGAAUGGGUGGACAAGGUAUGCCAGUAGGACCUGGUGGGAUGCAAGGUCCCGGAGGAAUGAACGGUCCUAUGCCUGGUGGCGGUAUGGGUCCCGGAGGAAUGCAGCAUGGUCCUGGUGGAAUGCAAGGAAUGGACCCAAUGGCUGGUGGUCCUGUAAUGACCAGUAUGCCUGAUUCUAUUAUGGCCAGUAUGGGAAUGGGUCCUGGCCCCGGAGGUCCUGGUCCUAUGAACAAUAUGGGAGGUAUGCCACCAAUGGGAGGAAUGAUGGGUAACGGUCGUCAAGGUAAUCCAGGAAUGAUGAGUAACGGACAGAUGAUGAGUGCUUCCAUGAUGCAAUCACAACACAUACAGAUGCAGGGUCCUGGACCUAGACCAAUGGGGAACAUGCCCCCAAUGCAGUCCCCUCCAGGAAUGAGGCAGUCAAAUCCUGGAAUGAGGAUGCCGGGUAUGAUGCCUGGUAACCCAGGUUACGGACCUCAACAAAUGUAUCCACCACAACAUAUGUAUGGGCAACCACGACAAAGGCAGAUGUCGCCAAUGGGCAUGAUGGGAAAUCAAGGACAACCUUAUAUGGGCAUGAUGCCACCAACGUGACCUGUUAAUCAUAAUAGUUGACGACAAAAUGUUUUUUUGAAUGCAUGAAAUAAUUUGAAUGUGAAACUUGGACAUCAUUGUUAUUAAUCAUGUGACCGGAUGUGUGGUGCGGAAGUGACGUCAUUUGUGAUGCUCAUUACAUGAGUGAGUGGUUCAUUCGUUAACGUGUUCAUUGUUUUUGAAUAGGCCUAUAAUUUUUUUACCAGCAUGAUAUCUUUGAAUACGAAUUGCCAAACGUUUGUUCAAUUCGAAAUUCGAUGUAGCGCCGUGUAAGUCGAGACAAUUAUAAAAAUUAACUGAGGCAAAGCAUAAAAUCUAGAUUCUAUUAAUGUUUUUGUGAAUUAUUGAGAUGCAUAAUUUGUUGAUGUUUUACAAAUGAUUGGAUGAAUGGUUUGUGCAAUAUUAUACUUUUAUAGUUUAGGGGAAAUAACUCGUACUAGCUUCAGACAACAUUGAUAUUCGAGGCUCAUAAUAUGAUAAAUUCUUGGUUUUGUUUCACAUGAGCUCAUACGAUCUGUAGUUUCUUGCAAAAAUGGCUCAACAUCGCAACCGGUGGACACAUUUUUAGCCCUUAAUUAAGGACACCUUGAUGUAGUAAACCUAGCUAAACAUGUCCACCAUAGAAGCAGAUGACCCCCUUGUGGGAAUUCUGACCAAAUUUGUCCAUCUUUAACACCUGUUACCUAACGUAGUGUAGUUGGGGUAAUUUGGCUAAACAUUUCCACCACCAGAAACAGUUAACCUUAACUAAGAAUCGAGAACAGUAGACCUCAGUUGUGCAGAAGUAAUGAUGUUUGAAAGAUUUAUUUUUGAUAUAUUUUAUAAAGUGAAAGUGAGAGGUAGAAUAGUAAUGUUUAUAUCUGUAUGGAUAACCAAUCGUGUAAUAUAUUGUACAGUUAUUUUGAUAAAGGAAUGCCUUAAUAAUCAGUUUGACGCAACGGAUAUUUUUUUUCAUUGUCUGUUGAUUGUAGAAAACAAACAUAAUUCUCAAUAGAACAAAAUGUUACAGUUAUUA